CCUCUCAGGUAGCCCGGAAGAUGGCGGCGGCGAGAGGCGCUGUCGCUGCUGCUGUCGCCGGUGCGGACGUCUGGGCUGCGUGAGGCGAGCGGGAAUAUUUCACCCCCGCUCCCACCCUCCUCCUCCUCCUCCUCCAGCUGCUUCCGCUUCUUUAUCGCUGUUUCGGCGGGAACCGAUGCCGGGGACGGCCUUGCCGCGAGGGCUGAGGGGAGACGCGGAGGGCGCCGGCAGGCCUGGCGGCGGGCGGCGCUGAGGGCGCGAUGCGGGGCAGGCGCCGGCGGCGGUUCCGGGGGGCCAGCGGGCGGCUGGGCCGGCCUCUGCCCCCCUGGCUCGGCCUCCUCUUCUUCGGCUUCCUGUCGGCGUUGCUGGGAGGCGGCGAGGCGGCUCCUCUCCCGCAAGCAGGUGCAGGGGAAGCAGCAGCGACUGAAGUUCCCUUCUCGUUGGUGAUUAUUUCUGCCUGCAGCCUUGUAGGCUUGGUACUUCUGCUUGUGAACUGUGUAUCCUGUUGUAAAGAUCAAGAGAUAAACUUCAAGGAAUUUGAAGAUAAUUUUGAUGAUGAAAUAGACUUUACACCACCUGCGGAAGACACCCCAUCUGUCCAGUCCCCAGCCGAAGUGUUCACACUUACAGUUCCCACUGUUUCUUUACCAGCUCCAUCACAGUUCCAGCAUCCUACAGAAGGGUUGAAAUCCCAAGUCGUCCGUCAAAAUCUUAACUAUAUCCAAGAAAUUGGAAAUGGCUGGUUUGGAAAGGUUUUGCUUGGGGAGGUUUACACAGGCUCCAGCGUGGCCAGAGUUGUUGUGAAGGAGCUGAAAGCAAGUGCCAGUUCCAAGGAGCAAGAACAAUUUUUGAGGCAUGGAGAGCCAUAUUUAAUUCUUCAGCAUCCAAACGUCCUCCAGUGUACAGGGCAGUGUGUGGAAGCCAUCCCCUAUCUUUUGGUAUUUGAGUUUUGUGACUUGGGUGACCUAAAAACGUACCUUUGCAAUGAACAGGAGAAUAUUAAAGGAGAUUCCCAAAUAAUGCUGCUACAAAGGAUGGCGUGUGAGAUUGCAGCUGGACUCUGCAUAAUGCAUAAACAUAAUUUUGUCCAUGGUGACCUAGCCUUACGCAACUGCUUCCUUACAUCCGAUCUAAACGUAAAAGUGGGGGAUUAUGGAAUAGGAUUCAGUAGGUAUAAGGAAGAUUAUAUUGAAACAGAUGAAAAGAAGCUUGUGCCUCUUCGAUGGACUGCACCAGAGCUGGUGACUAGCUUUCAGGACAGACUGUUAACAGCUGAGCAAACAAAGUACAGUAAUAUCUGGUCACUAGGUGUAACGCUAUGGGAGCUUUUCAGCGGUGCUGUGAAGCCUUACUCACAUUUAUCUGAUGAUGAAGUCCUGGUGCAGGUCAUAAAAGAGAAGCAGACUAAGCUUUCGGAACCUUGUCUUGAGCAGCCAUAUUCUGAUAGAUGGUAUGAAGUUUUGCAGUUCUGUUGGCUGUCUCCAGACAAGAGAGCAACAGCAGACGAAGUGCAUAAGCUUCUAACGUUUCUCCGUAUGCAAAGUCAAAGGGAUUCGGUGAUUGAUCCUGAUCAGUGGAAUGAUCUCAAGCCUGAUACUUCAAACAGAGAGUCCUCUGGUAACUCUGCCUUUCCAAUCCUGGACCAUUUCACAGGCAACAGGUUUGGCCGUGAGAUGGAAGAAGUUCUCACGGUAACUGAAACAAGUCGAGGGCUCAACUUUGAAUGCAUCUGGGAAGCAGCCAAACAAGACCACUUUGAAUGCAGCCAGGCAAAUCCUGAUGAGGGAAUGGCUUAUACCAAUAUCUUCUUCCCAGUGGAGGUUUUUGAGAACACACUUACGGAGCAAGGACCUGGGGAUCAAGUUGAAAGUGGGCAGGAUGUGCUUCGUGUCGCUGGGGAACUUCCCGUGUUUAAUGCCCAAAAGCCUUCUGUUGGAAAUGAUUAUUACAUCCAGUUAGAAGAGAAGAGCAGAGACAAUAGUGUAAACUUUGAUAACCAGGAUUCUAUAUUGAUGACUGACAUGAACAGUCAUGCAGUUGUAAAGGACAAAAACUCUCACUUCAUAGUUCUUGGGGACUUUGUUGCUGAAUCCACUACAGAUAGGGACUCUCUCCAUUACAAUACAUAUCCCAAGGAACAGGAUUUCCAUGUUCAUUGUCCUGAAAGUCCUUUCCAAGAUAUAUUUAGUGAUAUCGACAGAAUGGAACAAUUUACAGAUACGAGAAAUAGGUUUGAGGUGGCUGAUCUAAAUGAUAUUCAUGUCGAACUUGAAGCAGUUUCAUAUUCAGGUCUUGAGGGGUCUGUAGUUGAUCAGCUCCAGAAGGGAAGUCCCAAACAUGCUUCUGAAAGUGAAGCUGUUUGCUUGCAGGAGGAUAUCAUAAUGCAGUCUGAUCCUAGCUUACUGACUUCAGAAGAGCUGUCGGAUAACUUUCUUUUCCUUCAAGAGAACAAUUUACUAAAGGGGGCACUGAGUAACAGAACUGGUGGUGGUGACUUAAAAAUAGCAUCUGACAACACAAAAAUGCUAGAUCCACCAAAUACAAACUCUCUGGGGGUUGGACUUAAAAUGGCUGGGAAUUCUCCAGUCCAUGAAGACGAACAUUUUGUGCAAAUGAGCACAAAUAAAAGCAAAAGUAUUCCGCCCCAGCACCUUAUGCAAGGUCAAAUGUCUCCUAGGUCACCUGCUGUGGAUAAGGAGGAGGUAUCCCCCUUAUCAGGAACUGAAAAACCCUCUCCUAACAUAGAAGUUAAUGAUAACUCUGCCUGCAGUAUUGAUUACUCUUACCUUGACAUGGAUCAAGUCUCUGAAGCUGGCUUUAAUGAAACGUUGCCCAUGAAUGCCAAAAACCAAACUAAUGGGAGUAGCCCCUGUCAUAGCACUGGACUCCAUGCUCAAGAGGAUCUGAAGAGUAAGCCAACUGGAUUAGAGCAAGGUGAUGAGUAUAUUCUGGAGCCAACGGACGAAACUUUAACCGAGGUUCAGAAAUGUAACAAGGAGACCCCGGUCAAGGAUAUUGCACUUUUGUCUGUCCUUCCUUCAGACCGUACAAGUCACGACAGUCUACUGGAGGACAGUUUAUCAGCUCCCACACAGAGCAUGGGGCAGUCUGUUGAUACACCAGACUCAUUGGAUUCAUUAGAUGUUAUUGAGGUCUUAGAGUCUUUAGUGGGUCAGAGCCCCCAGAAACCUUUGCCACCUGAUAAACCUGCUGACAGUGGCUAUGAAACUGAAAACCUGGAGUCUCCUGAAUGGACUUCACACCUUGUUGGCAGCAACUCCAAUGAAGACAUGGCUUUGUCCAGUGCUGCUGGUGAUGGUCUUUUGCAUGAUAAGCCUAUGGUCAUUCUGUCGUCAGAUGUCAAUACAGACUUAGGCACAGCAGAUACCAUGGAUACAUUUGAAGGCAUCUCUAAGACUUCUUUUGGUGGCAUCCAGAAUUCGUACAGGGAUUCUGCCUAUUUUUCUGAUAACGAUUCUGAACUAGAUAAGAAAUCUGAGGUUAUAAAUACAUUGACAGACGCUCAAGUACGAACAGAGGGUGGUAUGUGCAGUGACUACUUUGAAAUAGAAGAGAAUAAAAAUGCAGAAAAUCGGUCAAGUGAUGAUCAAGUAGCCAGUGACCAGUUCAUAAUGAACUCACGCUUGCAGGUAGAGUUGGAGGAGAAGCUGGAGACCGCUGAAACAAAUCUAGAGUGUCUUCAUAAAGGUGACAAUACAGCUUCAUUGCUACCUGUGGUAGAUCUAGAGGCUACUGAUGAAGAUGACAUUGAGAUCAUAUAUGAGGAUUCCCUCAGAAGUGUCUCUUGCACAGGCACUAACACAGCAGACUUCCUUCCUGAGAGAGAGAUAAAGCUCACCCCUAACUUGUAUGGCCCUGCUGAAGUGUUGGAGAAAUCCUUAGUGUGCCAUUUUGAAGGUCAUAAUAAGUUGAAAGAGCCAGACAUCGAAGGAAAAUACCUUGGAAAACUUGAUGUUUCUGGGAUGCUUGAUCUAUCAGUGGAUGGGGAUGAUGCUGAUGAAGAAGAUGAGAACAGUGAUGAUUCUGAGGAUGAUAUGAGAACUUUCCACUUGCAUGGACUUAGCUCUGACAGCGAUGAGGAAAUUGUCCAUCAAGUACCAGUGAUCCUUACUGAUAGCGAUGAUGGCAAACAUCUAAGGAGCUUGUUAAAACAUCCGAAGCCACCAGGGCAGAACAACCCUUCUGAAAACUUUAUGAAGAAUGAGAGGAAAGCAGUAACAUUCUUUGAUGAUGUCACAGUCUAUCUUUUCGAUCAGGAAACACCAACCAAAGAGCUCGGAAAUCGUGCUACAGAAUCAAACCAAUCAGAUUCUGAUAACACUCCUGUUCCCGCUUCAGGCCCUGGUUACUUGAAUAAAUUUACAAAUUCAGAAAGUUCUACAGACGAAGAAGGUGGAGGUUUUGAAUGGGACGAUGACUUCUCUUCUCCAGAGCCCUCUUUCAUAGCAAAGGCAGCAAACAGCCUCAUUAGUUCCAAGCCUUCUCUUCAGACCUCAAAGUACUUCUCCCCACCACCACUGCCUCGAAGCUCUGAACAAAACUGGUCGAAUCCUUUACCUUACUCCAGGUUCUCUAUCUCUCCAGCAAACAUUGCAAGCUUCUCGCUCACUCACUUUACGGAUUCUGAUAUUGAACAGGGAGGGAGCAGUGAAGAUGGAGAAAAAGACUGAAGCUUCUUCCCUCGGUGCAUGGUCAUCGUUUUGUGGGGGGUCACGUCUGCUUUUUGCCUAACCGCCAAUAUUUUCGUUUUCGAAAACGACUACCUUCUUGCAUCUGAAAACAAAGCAGACCCGCUGAAAUCCAAUAAUCAAGAUGUUUGCACACCCUGAAGGCAAUAUUAGACCAAGACCUGAACUCGAAGGUGGAUGUUACUUUUUGUAGUGUACUGUUUUUUGAAAACUGGUGCAUUUUGCAUUUCCUUUAAAAAUAUAUAUCAUGUGCUAGCUUUCCCCUUCUCUCCCCUCCCCUACUUCUCCCCAAAGUACUUGAAGUAUCCUGCAGACAAUUUGUAACAAAUAUGUACAAGUUAUGCUCUGGUUUAUAUAUAGGAUUGUACCAUACCCUUUUGUAUUCUCAAUGUAUUAUCUAUAUGAACAUGUAAAAUUGUACAUAGCUGAGCAGAAGGUGGCUAUGUCAAUUGAAGCUGCCUGACUUGAGAGCUGUUGUGUAGAAAGCCAUAUUUCAAAGACUUCACACCUUGCUUAGCUGCAGAUGCACUAGUAACUGCCCUUCCCAGGUCCCUCUGCGUUGUACAAAGCCAUUCUUCUUUGCUUCUUGAUUGAUGGAAAUUGUUGGGGUCCUUUACCUGCCUAACUGGUUUGCUUUGUGCUCCUGUGCCCCUUUUUGCACAGCGUACUUGUCGGGGUAUACAGAGCUUGAGUCUUCCUGUUUUUAUAAUUUCUGGAGCUUUGUAUGCUCUCCCCUUUUCUAAAAGGGUAAUUCACUUUCUUAUAUUCCCAUUUGCAGUACAGUGGUCAACGAACUGACUUUUUAGUUAUAGUUGGCUAAAAAAAAUUGUGGUGUUGUAACAUUCUUCUGUUUGCUUCCCUCCGCACCCAAGACUCAAUAUCCAUGUGUGUGUGUGUGUCCUUAAAUGAUGGUCUUGGUUACUGGGUAACUUCUUGAAUCGCUCAUCUCAUCUUCAGGGAACUGUUCACAUUUCUGCUGAUGCAAUGUAAAAGGGGAUGUGUUGACUCAUGCCGUUGCUGUUUCUCUUUGUGUUUGAAGUUAGGUUUCUCUAAAGAAGCAGCUUUAGUAGAGCAGGCUUGCUGGGUCUCCCUGGGUUCUCUGUUGCGUCACCUGUGGAUAUUUGAGAACCAAUCUUCAAUAGAGAUUUGGGUCUUCUGUGCCUGCUGUAGUUGGCACAUACUGCAGGUUUCCAUGCAAAACUGAUAGUUCUAAUACCUUAAGGAUGGCUGAUAGAAACUUAAGGGCUAAUUGGCAGUGUGUUAUUAGACCCAGAUCUUUCAGAGCUUUUAAAUCCCUUGCCAGAGCUCUGUGUUGCUGUUGGAAAGCUACUCUGACAUUUAUAAAAUAGGAAGGGGUUUAGUGUAUAGCUCUCCUAAGUAUGGUGAACUCAGAAUAUAAGCUGCAGGGUACCGUCUCCCCCCCCCCCCCGUCUCACUCUUAAAAUGAGCACUUGAGCUGUAAAAUGUGUGUUGCAGCCUCAGCUUUGGCAGUGUGUAAAAAAAUGUUUUGUUUUUUUUUAAAAAUUAAGCUAUCUAGCUGACCUGCACAGGUUUCUUUCUGCUUAAGGCCUGAGAACAUCUGUAAAUGGCAUGAAAAUUGGUAUCUUUUAAACCUUCUCAUCAAAGAAUGUAUGAAAGUAUUGAGAGCUUUCCUUUGCCCUUCUCCUUCAGCCAGGCUGGUUCUCAUGAGCCCUGCAGAGGGCAGAAAUUGAAGUGCAUUAAAACUGUGAGUUAUGGAUUCCCCUAUUACACAAGGAACUCAGAAGUCCUAACGAAAAAUUAAUAGAACAGCUUGAGACAUGUAUUGCUUCAAGCAUUUGCCCGCAACAUCAUUUCAUGUGCCAACUUUUCUCUAAAGCUAUACUGUCAGUUUGGAGUAUCCCACAAUGUUUGUUCUUGGAGGAGCAAAUUUUAAUGUGCACUGAAUUAAUUUUCAAAAUACACACUAUAGCCUUGGGUCUAUUUGGAAUGGUUCUUCCUCUUUUGGACAGGCCAGAGUCAAGUAGGGAGAUUUUUAAAGUUGCAUUAGGUUGUUUCUUCCUCUUUCUGCUUUUUGUUAAUGUAAUAAAAUUAAAAGCAAGGAAACACAAAAGUGAACCUGCCCUACAGAGUUUUCAGCAAUAUGUGGAAUUGUGCAGUAGAAAGUAUAGGCUCCCUAACUUUGUGGUUUAUGACUUCAGGCUUAGUUUAUGGCAAGGAGAUAAGCUGUGGCUCUCUAGAUGCUGUUGGACUCCAACUCCCAUCAGCCCCAGCCAGCAUAUCCAGUGGUUAGGGAUGGUGGGAGUUGUAGCCCUACAGCCUCAGGAGAGGAACAGCUUAGCCACCCCUGGUUUAUGACGUAAAGGGGUGCAUUGGUAGUAUUCUUUGCUUUUAUCCAAUCUUUUUUUUAAAGUGUGAAAAUUAUGAAUACCCUAAUCUCACUUUCCUCAUGACUGCAUUUUUUCUGGGUGCUUGAGGCAUCUUCCUGCCCCCUUUUGCCAAAGAAUCGGCACUCCAAAGUCUCAUGCUGCAGAUAGAAGUUGGCUUGCUUACUCCCAGAUUGGAAUUCACACGGGGAAUUCACACAGUUUGGAGAUGCAGCCAGCCACAAGCCUAACAUCUGAUGCAUUAAGUGGCUUCAGGGCUGUCCGGGGUAGGGGGUGGGGUGGGGGCAAUAGAAAACACUUCCUGGAAUGGAUUCAUAAGGCUGGCACUAAUGAUGAGGGAGGCUUAAAAAAAAAAACAACUCCACAGACUGUAACACACACUUGUUGCUUUGGCCAUAUGAAAUGCAAAGUCGCUAUCUCUGACGCUUGUUCUUCCACUCUGUGGUGAGAUCCCAGAGUCCAUUUGUGUCAUUAGCAAGACAGAAUUUCAGAGUACAUCCCGUGAACACAAAACUCUCUCAUAGUGGGCAAAAUGAUAUUGUGAGGCACCUGUAACUAACCAAAAGCUCUUAAAACGAGUGUAUUUUAAAGCACGCGUGCGUGCACACACACACACACACACACACACACACACACACACACAGGCUAGUAGCCCUAACAAGUCACUUGAAGACCAAAUUUAUACCUUUUAAACCCUCUACAUGGUUUCUUUGCUGCAUGGUUCACAAGCUGACUUCUUUGUCCUUUCGCACCUUAGUUACCCAGAUGACAGUUGUGUGUUUUGCAAGAUUUGAGCAGGUUAGCAUUUGUGGUGGUGGUUGCGAGUAACAGUUCUCUUCAAGGGGGUGGCGGGAGUUGUAUGUUUCCUUCAUACUUAAAAGCCUGUGUUUUUAAAGGAGGGUGGUGUCUUUAGGACUAGACGCAAAUCCAAGAAUUAACAUCUUAUCCCAACCUUCGCUGCUGCUGUUGCUGCUGCAUGUGUUUAGGGUUGCUGCUUCUCUCCCCUUCCCCACUGCCCCCCCCCAGUAGAUCACCUGUACAUUUAAACAGCUGCAUGUUAAAACUUUUAGCAAGCAAUUCCACCCUGACCCCCCAGUUUUAAGGAUGAAUUGCUAGGAAGAAGCUUUAUGUUGUAAAGUUCUUCUCCUGUGAUUCUUCUGAAGGCACCAGAGCCCAGCCAGAAAGUUUUGGCUGUUGAAGGGGUCUCUUGUCUUUGCUGCUCCAAGGUGAGGAAGAAGAGUCACUUGGGGAACAGAGCAAGGCAUUAGCAAGAGCUUAUUUAACACCCAAUUUUGUGGGGUUGUUAAUAAGCCCUGGAACCGGGAGCAUCAGCGCCACAAUUGUACCAGUGCAGCUGUGCUCUUGCUAUUCCCCUGCAGGGGCCAUGUGUUUUGUAAAUUGGAGCUGGACUUUUCAUAAUGGCCAGGUUGGUGUAGCAGUUCAGAGAGGCCCAGGCUGAAAGAUGGAGGGUGGUAUCCAAUGCCACUUGUACUCUGAGUAGACCCACUGAAAGUCAGUCAACUUCAUUCAUUCCAAUGGAUUUACUCUUUGAGUUGGGUUAGCUUUGGAUACAACUCAGUAGGUCAUGCGUUCCCCUCACCCAGAUCCCACCCCUGUAAAGUAACGUUUGCAAUGCAGCAAUUCAAAAUGAAGAGAGUUUUAAUUGAUAAAUAAUUUUCCAAGUUCUGUGCACAAGUGAGAAGGGGAAAGCCACUGCUUUUAUUGGAAAUGGAUUCUCUU